GACGAUUUUAUGAGAGGGUUUAGGAUUAAAAAUUAGUAACUUACGGAAUUUAUAUAUACAUCAGAAGUAACACUGAUAAAAUAAAAUCAAGUUUUUUGCUGCCUCCACUUUGUAUUACACAAGAAAUGAUGAAAAUGUCAAAUUUAUAAACAUAACCUUUAAAGACAGAUUAUUGUUGUUAUAAGUACUUAUUAGUAAACAAAUUGAAAUUAAACUGGUAAACAUUACCAAGAAAGCCAUUUUCCUGUACUCAACACUUAAAAUUCAAACUGUAAUUCAUUAACUACUUGCCAAGGUCUUCUUACUUACUUUACACAGUAUGAAUUUUGCUGAUGAAGAUAGUGAUGAUGAACUACCCCCAGGAUGGGAAGAAAGAGUUACUGUGGAUGGUACAGUGUAUUAUGCAAACCAUUUAACAAAAAACACCCAGUGGACCCACCCUAGAACUGGUAGAAAAAAGAAAGUGGCUGGGAGUUUACCAUUUGGAUGGGAAAGAGUGGUGUCUUCAGAUGGUAAGGUGGUUUAUGUAAACCACCAAGAUGAAUCCACCACAUACAUAGACCCAAGGCUUGCCUUUGCUAUAGAAGAAAAAGAAAAUGUCACUGAUUUUAGGCAAAGAUUCGAUGCUUCUAGUACAGCUUUACAGGUGCUUCUAGGUCGUGACCUUUCAGGAAAAGUGGCCAUAGUAACAGGUGCCAAUACAGGAAUUGGAUAUGAAACUGCUAGAUCAUUGGCCAAACAUGGUUGCACUGUCAUAUUUGCUUGCAGGAAUGUUGUGGCCGCAGAAGAGGCUAUUGAGGUCAUUCGGAGCCAAGAAAGAUUAAACAUUGCCGAUAAUUGUCAUGCUUUACAUUUGGAUUUGGCUUCAUUAGCUUCAGUAUCAAACUUCGUGAAUGUAAUUAAAAGCAGAUACCAGCAAAUCCACAUGCUCAUCCUCAAUGCAGGGGUGUUCGGAUUACCUUACUCAAAAACCAUAGAUAACCUAGAGACAACCUUUCAAGUAAACCACCUGUCCCAUUUCUAUUUAACCCUAAUGUUAGAAAGUUUACUAGUUUCUGGAUCAAGAGUUGUGGUGGUAUCCUCGGAAUCUCACAGGUUUACAAACCUAACGACGGACAACAUUGACCCCCUAAAACUAUCACCAGACACCCGAAAACAUUAUUCGGACCUAUGGGCCUACAACAAUUCCAAGUUGUGUAACGUCUUAUUCGCGCGACAGUUGGCGUUACAAUUACAAGAAAGAGGAAUAUCGGUGUUCAGUUGCCAUCCCGGUAAUAUGGUCUACUCGAACCUGAGUAAAAGUUGGUGGCUCUACAGGAUUUUGUUCGCUUUGGCACGUCCGUUUACGAAAAGUCUACAGCAGGCUGCAGCCUGUUCGGUUUAUUGUGCUACAGCCUUGGAGUUGGCAGGGGUAACUGGUGUUUACUUCAACAAUUGCUGCCCAUGUGAAGAAAGUAAAGAGGCACGUAACGACGAAUUGGCGAAGAAAUUAUGGAAUAUCAGUAUCGAUAUGGUGGGGCAAGUGUUAGGGAGCAGCGACUUGGAGAAGUUUUUAUUGCCCUCGGGUACUCCCUAGCAGAAGGGGAAUCUUGGGCGAAAGGAAACGUCUGUUUUCAUUGAUUUGUCAUAGGCGUUAUUGUUUGUAUUGUGAUUUUAUUGGUGGAUAUUGAUUGAUAAGUGUAGCACGUAAGUUUUAAGUCGUUUUUAUAAAUGAGUAUUAAUUGAAUUUUUUAGAAAAAUAAAAUAAUAAUAAAUA